AUGGUAUCUCCAGAUUCCACGACACACAAGUUCAGAUUUCGUUUUGGAAAUCGCCUUACUCGAAAACCGUCGAAACGAAAGGGCUCUGUUUCUCGAAGACUUCUAACAUUGCUGCACCCGGACACCGUCAUUUCGACCAACACGCUACGAGCUAUUCUGUCGAAAAGCGUCACCGAAGAAGUCGUGUGGGAGGCGCUGCAGACUCUUUUCCACUCCGAGUACCUUCUGAUGUCCAUGUACAUCAGGUGCAUGCUACCAAUGCUCUAUUCAGGGUAUCUAUCGUUACUGUUUCUUCUACCAGUGAAAGCGUACUACCCACAAACGGUAGAAUUGACCCCAGAGAGGCUGGGCGAAAUUGUGGGGCACAUCACGGUUUUUGGUGCUGUCGAGUUCGUUGGAUUCGCGGGGCUUAUCCUGGUACUACGACGGAAGUUCGGCAUCUCGCCUCUGUUCCAACUCGCGUUUGUGCUGGAGACGCAAGCACGCACUGUACAGGGACACUUGUUUGUGUGGACCAUCUUCAUUCUGCAUUUACCAUUAUUCCACUACGGUAAGUACACAAGGCCAGACUGA